AUGACAGCAGAUACAUUCCAAUACUCGGCGGACGCGGACCCGGUUCUUCGAAUGAGCGAAGAAAAUGUUCGACGAACAUCGAUCGCCUUUGCUCAGAAAGCUAUUCAACUACCUGGGGAAAAUGAUUCGACACUAAUCUUCAGGUAAUUUAAGUUUAUUUUUACUGUAGAUCGAAAAACUAAGAAAUAAAGUAAAACUCCUGUAUAACGAAGCUCUCGGAGUUCCUAAAUUUGUUUUUUAUAACGGAGGAAUAUAAAGUUCUUCUAAAAGCACUGUGUAGUGUUGGUAAAAUUUUAAAACUUUGUUUUUCAAGAUUUUUGUUCUAUUGGCAUUCGUUAUACAUGAGUUUCACUAUAGCGCAAGUUUUAAUUAGAAGUAAAGUAAUUAAUAUUAUUUAUUAAAACUAUUGGUUUAGGCACAAAACACGAUGGUUAAUAAUUUUAAUGUCAACGUUAGGUCUUACACUUGUUAUGGCAAACUCACUUGUAUUUAAUUUUACAGUUAUUUGCAUGGUAGAGCCGGGAGAAGAAUAUUUGCUGCUUAAUGAGACUGCACCUGGCGGUAAGGUUGUUUGUAAUGUUUUAAAACUUAUUUUUUAAUUUUAUAUUGAGUUUUUGCUAUAGAAUAUUAGCUUUUAGUUUUUCUAGCUUUCGGAAGAUACGAUAAUAUUGACAAAAAAUCAAUGUCUAAAUGUUAUAUUUCAGCUGUGCAACCAGACUUCAUUUACAGCGAUUUGGAACGUAGUUGGUUGUUUUCAGCCAUUGCUAUAGGGACAUUACUUGGAACGUUACCUAUCACUUAUUUAACCUCCAGAUACGGUAUUCGGUAAGUUUACUUACUUACAGUAGUUGCAACCUUUACAGUUUGACAUUCUCCGUGUAUGGCUUAAUAUCAGCCGGAGCAACAUUACUGUCGCCAUUGUGUGUAUCUAUUGGGAUGCCAUUUGUUUUUGCCAUGAGAGUAUUACAAGGUGUCGGGGUCUCUACGUCAUGGCCAGUGAUGGGAGCUAUUGUAGCUGAAUGGUCAAGUUUGGCGCAGUCAGGAAUGGCUGUAGCUUUAUUAUCGUGUCAUCUACAGCUUGGAGCUGUUGUUACUAUGCCGUUGUCUGGCACAUUAUGUGAGAGUGCUGUGGGAUGGCAGGGUGCUUUUUAUGUUCAAGGAGUGGCUACUGUAUUGGUCGUGGCUUUGUUUUACUGGUUUUAUAGAGAUACUGCGGCUGAACAUAGGUUAGUGGGGAAUAAAAGUUUAUGGUUAAUUUUUAUUCUGUAAUGUAAUCAUAAGUGAGGAGACGAAUAAAAAAUUAUAUUGUCGUCUUGUUACAUUAUGAUACAUUGUAUUUUUGUUACAUUAUCGAAGUCACACAUUAUAUUCAUAUUCAUUAUGACAUUUUAGACACGUGUCUCAAAAAGAGCUGAAGCAGAUACAAGAAGGUAAAAUAGUACGAGUACUGGAAGAAGAUGAGUACGAACCAAUUCCAUACAAGCGUAUCUUCACAGACACAUGUAUUAUUGGUAUCUUGUGUUCUUGCUUUGGUGGUAACUUUGGUUUUCAGACAUUCUUCCAGUACGGCCCUGUUUAUUUGAAUAAGGUAAUGAUGGGAUGUAGAACAAUGUUAUGGGUUUAAAUUUUUUAAUUUUUCAUUGCGUUUUAUAAUGAUAUAAGUUUGUAUAAAAAUUAAUGAGCUACUAAAUCCUAUAUCAAAAAAUCACUACUUCUUAAGGUAUUGAAAUUCGACGUCACGAACACUGGUUUUGCUGCAGCAGUACCAUAUCUCUUGGCCAUUUUAGUGAAGUUUAUUGCUGGACCAUUGAGUGACAACAUACCUGGUAUUGGUGCCAAAGCCAGAGUGAUUCUGUUCGCUUCGGUUUCGCAGUUUUGUAUGGCUGGUUGCUUCCUUGGCCUAGCUCUUAUGCCAAUCGAAUUAUCAGCUUGGGCCCAAUUGUUCUACACUUCAGCUAUCAUCUUCAGUGGUCUUAACUGUGUUGGAGUUAUCAAGAGUACUCAGCUGGUAUCUGGUAGAUUUGUACAUUUCCUAAUGGCUAUUAAUGGAUUCAGCAACAGUGCUAUCGUAUUAGCACUACCUGGUAUUGUGACAUUGUUUGCGCCUAACAACAGCAAGGAGGAGGUAUAUCAUUAUAUUAGUUUAUAGCGACAGUCUAUAGUGAAAUUUUACAAUUUUUACUAAAAUUAAUCAGCUUAAGCUUUUUGAAGAAAAAUUUAUUAAAAAAGCGAAUAACAAUAUUGCUUUAGUGGUCAAGACUAUUCAUUUUUGUAUGUGUCUUGGUCUUCAUUGUCACCAUCGUUUUCGACGCCACUGCCCAAGUUACUCCCCGAUCAUGGGCUGGUGGUGACAGUAAACGUAAGCCCAACACUGUAGCACCGUACGAAUCAGAAAACAAAUUCGAAAUUGAAGCAGAUGCUUUGGGCGAUACAGAAGCCGUGGAGAGAGUUCUACGACGAAAACGAGCCAGUAUUGCUAGCCGCACGUUCUCAGAGACUGGACGUAGAUUGUCGAUCCUUUCACUGCCUAGAGGAUACAAGGCCAUAUAA